AUGUCGGAAAGGCAAGAUCAGCUUUACACCUGGGCUGCCGUUAGUCAGCCCACACACUCCCUGGACUACACGGAAGGGCGGUUUCCCAGGCGAGCCCCGUCUGCGUGGUCUCCCCCCGACGCCCCUGAUGAGGCGCCCAGGGCCCAGGACGCCAAGCCAGAAACGCAGGCUGCUGUUUUGGAAACUCUGAAAACUUGCUCAGAUGCUGUUCAACAGGAAGUUACAGACAUUGGAUCUGAGGGACAGGCCACUGUGAUUCAGCAGCUGGAGCAGACCAUUGAGGAUCUGAGGACCAAAAUAGCUGAACUGGAGAAGCAGUACCCUGCCAUGGACGCGGAGGUGGCCGGCGGCCGUCUUGGGGUUCAGAACGGAGAGGCACCCUCGGACGAUGUCUGUCUUGCAGCUCUCAGGUUAGGAGAAGAGCAUGGCCGGCACCAGAGGAUUUUACAGGCCAAGUCCAUCCAGACGUCCCCGACCGAGGAGGGCGGGCCACCCACGCGGCCUCCUGCCACGACACUGCCAGAGGGCCCCUCACCGUCCGGACCUCAGACAAAAUUCUGCUCAGAGAUUUCUCUGCUGGUGUCUCCAAGGCAAAUAGUGCAGCUGGAUGCCCAUCAGCCGGUGCAGCCUCCACCGCCUCCACCCUUGCCCUGGGCUGAGGGUCAAGGCCAGGCCAGACCACAGUCUUCCCAGCCUUCUCUUCAGACUGAGUUGGACACCAGCCAUGAGCAGUCUGUUGCAUCGCCCUCUGGACACAGCCUCAGCGUCCCACCCCCACCACCUCUGCCUUGCACAGCGUCUUCCGGCUCCACCUUUGGUGUGGGCACGGGGGCUCCCUCCCCUCCCCCACCCAGUACACCUCCUUCUAUGCCUAGUACGCAAAUGCUGCCGCCCCCUCCCCCACCUUUGCCUGGUGAAGAAAUACCUCCUCCCCCUCCUCUUCCUGGAGUGGGACUACCCCCUCCCCCACCUCUUCCUGGGGUGGGAAUACCCCCUCCCCCACCUCUUCCUGGGGUGGGAAUACCCCCUCCCCCUCCUCUUCCUGGGGUGGGAAUACCCCCUCCCCCUCCUCUGCCUGGACUUGGGGUUCCCCCACCUCCUCCUUUGCCAGGUGUGGGUAUCCCACCUGCUCCACCUCCCCCUCCUGGUCCUGGAACUGGCAUCCCCACAGCCCCACCGCCACCUGCUCUGCUUCCUGGCCCUGGUCCCCCACAAGCCGGAGGUAGCACUUUACCAGCACCACACGUGUGCGGAUUUCUUCCCCCGCCGCUGCCAACCGGCUGGUUUGGAUUAGGGAUGAGCCAGGACAGAGGAAGUAGGAAGCAGCCCAUAGAGCCUUGCCGGCCCAUGAAGCCUCUGUACUGGACGAGAAUUCAGCUGCACAGUAAAAGAGACUCUGGUGCUUCGCUGAUCUGGGAAAAAAUUGAAGAGCCGUCCAUAGAUUGCCACGAGUUUGAGGAGCUGUUUUCCAAAACCGCAGUAAAGGAGAGGAAGAAGCCGAUUUCUGACACCAUCUCGAAGACCAAGGCUAAGCAAGUUGUCAAGUUAUUAAGCAACAAAAGAUCGCAAGCGGUUGGAAUAUUAAUGUCUAGCCUCCACUUGGAUAUGAAAGACAUACAACAUGCUGUUGUGAACUUGGACAAUUCUGUGGUUGACCUGGAGACCCUUCAAGCUCUUUAUGAGAAUAGAGCACAGUCGGAUGAACUGGAAAAAAUUGAAAAGCACGGCCGGUCCUCCAAAGACAAGGAAAGUGCCAAGUCCCUGGACAAGCCCGAACAGUUCCUGUAUGAGCUGUCACUAAUCCCCAACUUUUCCGAGCGGGUCUUUUGCAUCCUGUUCCAGUCCACGUUUUCGGAAAGCAUUUGCUCGAUCCGUCGCAAACUUGAGUUGCUGCAGAAGUUGUGUGAGACUUUGAAAAAUGGCCCCGGGGUUAUGCAGGUGCUGGGAUUGGUCCUGGCCUUCGGCAACUACAUGAAUGGCGGGAACAAGACUCGGGGACAGGCCGACGGGUUUGGGUUAGACAUCCUUCCGAAGCUGAAAGACGUCAAAAGCAGUGUAAGUAUUUUGUCAUAUAUCGUUUCCUAUUAUCUUCGAAAUUUUGAUGAGGACGCCGGGAAAGAGCAGUGUGUUUUUCCGUUGCCCGAGCCCCAGGACCUGUUUCAGGCUUCGCAGAUGAAGUUUGAGGAUUUUCAAAAAGAUCUCAGAAAACUAAAGAAGGACCUGAAAGCGUGCGAGGUGGAGGCGGGGAAAGUGUACCAGGUGUCCCCCGAGGAGCACAUCCAGCCCUUCAAGGAGAACAUGGAGCGGUUCAUCAUCCAAGCUAAAAUUGACCAAGAGGCAGAGGAGAAUUCACUAACAGAGACGCAUAAAUGGUUUUUAGAGACCACAGCCUAUUUCUUCAUGAAACCAAAACUUGGAGAGAAGGAGGUGUCCCCGAAUGUCUUUUUCAGUAUCUGGCAUGAAUUCAGCUCUGACUUUAAAGACUUUUGGAAGAAGGAGAACAAACUUAUUCUACAAGAGAGAGUGAAAGAAGCUGAAGAGGUGUGUAGGCAGAAAAAGGGGAAAUCACUUUAUAAAAUAAAGCCAAGACACGACUCCGGGAUUAAAGCAAAGAUCAGCAUGAAAACCUGAACAAAGGAAAACAGGAUGGUCACCCUCUAGCCAAUUACACAACAUUCCGCCGACCCGAAGGCCGGAAGGGAACGGCAUCAUUCCGACCAUUGUCUUCUUGACCCCUUGCCUCAUCUCCGUGUUUUCUAGUACGUUCCUAUGAACAUGCAAAAGCAGCAGACCAGUGGGGAAUGGGACACCCUUCCUUUUUGUAAAAGCUUAUGGUAUUACACGGAUAGACCGAGAGAACAUGUUAGAGGAGGCAGUAUCUGCAUUAAUUCUGAACAUGCUACACAUUAACCUAAAAUAGACUUUUCUGAGGAUAUUCCUUCUACAGCAAGACUCCUUUCUACUGACAACCAGUGCUCCCCAUGACCGCGUGCGGGUGUAUGGUUGAAAUGUCAUUUCUAGUGAGCUAUAUCAGUUUCACAUCUACGUCUGUAUUUUCUAUCCUAAGAGUUAAGUACCGUUGAUCUGUCAUCAUGAAGGCUUUCCCAACUCUUCGGGUUGCUCUCCAUAAAUAUAUAUUUGUGAAAGAAGAUGAUCAUAUUUUUGCUGGUAAGAGAAUGAAAAAAAAUAGAGCAGAAGGAAACCCCCUUCUUAUAAAUCAUUUCAUUUAGGCAGAAGUCAGUGUUUUGUUUAUCGAGGGCUUUUAUCAGACCGUCUUUGGAAACCCUACAUAAAGCGAAUCUGUAGCAGAAAGGAAGAAAACGAAAGGUGUGCGUCUCUAUCACUUUGCCAUGGCCUUUCACAAAGAAAAUAGGACGCCAUAUUUUGGAGGAAUUUAAGUAAGUGAUGCUCAUAAAAUUAUCAGACGUGACUAAUUGUUGGAUUGGCAUCUGUCUAGAACUUGUUAAUUAAACACACCUGUUGGAGUAUUUUAACAUCGCUGGAACCAUCUCUGUAUGUUAUGGCAGGUGAUUCAAAGCUGUAAAAUGAGUAUGCAAUUAUUCAUCAUUUGAAGGAGCCUAGGAAAGAAUUUUAUUUUAUGUUGGAGGGAAAAGAAUAAAUCUAUGACUCUUCUGAGAGUACUUCGAGUCAGCUUAUGAUGCGUUGUGAUGGUUUUGUCUGACAUGAGUAGGUGUGGCUUGUAAAAUAUUAUUUUAAUGAUAUUUGUUGGGGGUUAUGGUUGUAGAUAAAGAGGAGAAUUUAUGGCUAUUGCAAACCCAUUGUGGAAAGCAACUUAAAAAGAGAGCGUUCUGACUCGCAACUAAGUUUGUAUUUAUGUAAAGUAUGGUCUCCUACCUUAGUUUGUCAUUUGAGUGCAGAGAAACCGUAGUGGGUUUUUUUGGUUGUAGUUUUGUAGUCUUCCUGUCUCCUUCCCUCCUUCCAAUGUGUAUAUUAAUACUCUUCAAUGAAAAUAUAGGGCAUUUAACAAAGAUCGCUAUGUGCAAUACUGUAUUUAGUGUUUCUAUUUCAAUUUUUUAGGAUGUUAAUUUAUAUGAAAAUAAAAUGAGUAAUCAAA